AUGAAGUUCAGUGCUUUAAGACGUUUCCAGAAGACUAGAGAUCAUUUGUCUAUGAUUAAUGCACAAGCUGCAUUUUCAUCAGUUGUUAAAGGAUCUAAAUAUACCCUUGAGUUCUCGAAAUACCUUAAAUUGGCCAAUUCAGAAAUUGGCUCGUACUUCCAUGAUGUUCCAUUGGAAUUAGACACCAAUAGUAAUACAGCAACCAUGGUAGUUGAAGUGCCUCGGUGGUCAAACGGGAAAUUUGAGAUUUCAAAAGAAUUGGAUUUUAAUCCUAUAAAGCAGGAUAUGAAGAAUGGGAAGCCUAGAUUUGUCAAUAACAUCUUUCCGUUCAAGGGCUAUAUAACUAAUUAUGGUGCCUUUCCUCAAACUUGGGAAGACCCAACUCACGAAAGUAUACCAGGUCUGAAAGGCGACAAUGAUCCUCUUGAUUGCUGUGAGAUCGGUUCAGGAUUGUUGAACAUGGGCGAUAUCAAGCGUGUCAAAAUACUAGGGUCGCUGGCGUUAAUUGAUAGUGGUGAAUUAGAUUGGAAAGUGAUUGUGAUGAGCUUAGAUGAUCCAACCAGUAAUGUGGUCAAUAACCUAGAUGAUGUCGAACGGGUGUUCCCGCAAUUACUAUCAUCUAUCAAAACGUGGUUCAGAGAUUACAAAAUUCCAACCGGCAAACCCGCUAACCAGUUUGCUUUUGGAGGGGAAUAUAAAGAUAUAAAUGAAACUAUGAAAGUUAUAGCUGACUGCCAUGAAUCUUGGAAACGAUUGGUAUCUGACAAAGUUGACUUCGAAAACCUCCCUAAAACAAGAAGAGCUGGCGAAAAUUUCAGAAUAGAAGAGUACAUCAAACCAGAUGCAUCAAUUCCUCCCGAAGUAAAUAAAUGGUAUCAUAUAUAA